UCAAACACUCCCAUUUCUGCCUUCCUCUAUGGAAGCGCGUUUUCCUCCACUUCAGCACUCACUACUAGUCCACACACCACUCUUCUGCUUUUCUUUUACUUCUAUAUAUUUCAUUUCAGGAAGAACCAUUCUUCAGCUUGCGACAUCUUAAAGAAGAGGACCAACUUCCCGGUAGGACAUCAUUACUCAUGAACUAAUCAGACCUGCGUGAGUCAUUGCGUGCGCCGUCCUGUCAUGGCCCGUGUAUUUGUGUGGUCUCUAUGUGCUGUGUUCUCCGUGUUGAUUGUGCGAGGAAGACUGAAUGCACAGCCACUGUCUGCCCCUGAGGAGGUGAAAGUUUACACAGAAGAUGGCGUGAAAGAUUUCGGUGCUUGGGAGAUGAAUAUUGAGUGGAAGGAUGGUUUCACCAACAGUAUCACACCAGACAAAGUCACCUACGACAUUAAGAUUUUCUAUACUGAGCAGAUGAAACUGGUUCAUAAUGAGACAAUAGAAUUGAAAGCAAAUCAAACAGGCCAUUAUAAGUGGAGCUGGAUUUCACCAUUACCACUGCAGUGUACAUCACAUUCUGUUCAGCUGCGCUACAGAGACCGUGACCUCACCAGUGCCUGGACACCUCUGACAACUUUACCUGGAAGAGACAUACCUGACAUAAAGGACAUAAGGGUGUAUCCUCAAAACCGUGUUGCACUGGUUAGUGAGGGCAUCAGGUUCUGCUGUAUCCUAAAGCCGGAACACGAUGGACAGUUCAAAUCCUCUCUUUUCACACUUCGGAUCAGCAACCAGACUUAUGUCACAGAGCCUAUUCGACAUUCUCACCCGUCUCCACCAGAGGGGUUUGAUAUAAUCUGCGAGGGUGAAGGCUCCACUUACUACACUGACUAUGCUCCUGAUGACCACAGCAUUACAUGUGAGACUCGAGAUCUCAGUUCCGUGGAGUGUCACUGGAUUAAAGGGCAUCGAGCAAACGUUUCAGAAGAACUCAUGCAACCACAGUACUUCAUCAAUGGAAGGAACUGUUCACCUGGGUUUUGUGUUCUGGAAAACACCAUAGACACGGGGUUGGUGAACUGGACCCUAACUGCCAAAAAUAUCCUUGGCACAAAAAUAAUCUUUGACACAGCUGAUCCAAAACACAGGGUGCACCUGAAAGCGCCAACGCUUGCCCCCACCACUCUGUUUACUGCAAGAAAUGCAACGCUUGAGUGGAAAUGGCACGGACUGUCGAAGUGUAGCUCCUUUCCAAUGAUAUGCCAAGUGGAGGUCAAUGGACGCAUAAUUAAUGAAACUUUUAAUGGAACAGGACUGACCUCAGUGGUCUUGGCAGAUCUGCAGCCCUUUACUGAGUACAAAGCUCGUGUACGGUGCGGAUCUCUCGAGCAUUUUUAUAAAUGGGGGGACUGGAGUAACCUCAUCACCUUCGUCACCAAAGAAGACAUUCCAGAAGCCUUAGAUGUGUGGAUGCAGGUUUUUGGUGAACAGACUUAUGUUGUGUGGAAAAAUCUAACUAGAGCUCAGAGACAUGGGAUCAUUACAAGCUAUGAGCUGGUUAUGGGAAGCUCUAGAGACAGGAAUGAAGAGACAGUCGAAUCACCAGCAAACUGCCACAAGCUGCAAAAAACAUAUCACGUCAUUUCCGUAUCUGCUAGGAACUCUGCCGGUGUCUCUCGUCCCUCCAGCAUCACCAUCCCCAACCUGUCUCCAGAUGGUGGUGUUAACAUCAGUGAUAUUAAAGGAAAUAAUGGAGCUUUUGAUAUGGUCUGGGAACCGAGCCCUAGGUCCAGAUGUGGCUAUGUGAUAGACUGGUAUCCAACUUACGAAGCACAGUGUGCUGUAAAAUGGAUAAAAAUCCCCUCUGAUGUCUCCAGUGCAAAGAUUUGCUCAGACAAAGAUUUUAAAGAGGGAGUGAAAUACACUCUCUCGGUUUAUGGCUGCCCUUCAGGAGCACCAGAAUUGUUGCAGAGGAGAGAAGGCUAUAUGACAGAGCUGCCCCCAUUAGGAGCAGUUCAGAAUCUAAAAGCAGAGCAGGAGGGCUUAAAUAUUUACCUCUCCUGGGGAAGUGUGCGUGAACAGGAGCAGAGGGGCUUUAUAAAAGGUUAUAUUGUGUCCUACAGUCAUGCUGGCAGAGAAGAAGUCAGUGUCAAUAUAUCUGAUCCCAGUACUCAAAAGUACAAGUUCAGUCUUCCUGUGGAUACGUACACAUUCACAGUGAAGGCCUUAACAUCUGCAGGACCCAGUCCUGGAUCUGUGAUCACUCUGUCAAUGGAUCCUCGGGUUGACCAGGUGAUUAUGAAUGUUGUUCCUGUUCUGGCCUUAAUGAUUUUUAUCCUUUGCGUCAUUGCGGUCCUUGCCUACAGAAAUUGGAAAUGGUUGUGGCCUGAGGUUCCCAAGCCGAUGCUUUCAGAAGAAUUUCUUAAAAAAAUUGUUUAUCAAGGCCAAGUGAUGGAUCAGCUGGUAUGUGAAGAAAGUGAAGUGCUGAAAGUAAAGAGUCCAGAAGUCUGUCCUGCGAUAACUGUACUAGAGCUACAGGAAGAGCUUUACGAAGCCCAGACUCUCAACAGUCCUCACUCCAAAGACUCAUCAUGGUCUGAAAAUUAUCAAACACCUAAUAGUAAUCCACAGACUCUCCCUCUUAUUGAUGUGGACCUUUCUUACAAGGAGCUUCCAUGUCCUGGGAUUCAAAAUCCGACAUACAACAUGCCUUCAGUGCCUCCAGCUAAGGUGUUACCAUCCGUUUACAUGCCUCAGAUACAGAAUGGCAGUAUCCCGCACCAACCCUCUGAUGCUCACUGUUGGUCCCACUCACCAUCCAACAUGUCUGAAAUGCAGUAUCAAGACAAUCUUAUCAUGUAAUUCCACCUCAACCUGUGGAUGUCAGAUCUACCUUAUAAAACUUGUAUCUGCUCCCUCACUACAAAUAAGUUUAGUGCACUUCAGCAGUAGCACUAUUUUCAGACUUUUCAAAAGAAUUUUGAAAAGCUGUGUUUAUGUCAAUAAACCAUUUUAUGAUUUUUUAUCAUAUUUUGAGCGUUAAAAAAUGGUGCCGUCUGCACUUUUACUGUGAACACUGCAUUAUGUAAACUAUUUUAUUGUGAUGAUUGUAUAUCAUGCAAUUGUCUUGAUAGAUGUUUAUAAUCUUCAGAAUAAACGCAUUUUAUGUCUGAUGUCUGAAUACUAUCUGUUUAUUGACCAAGGGCUCUUUAUGUAUUAUGAUUUUGUUUGGCUUUUUCAGUUAAUUAAAUGUAUACCAUAUUGUUGUUGAAGUCUA